UUCACUAGAAGGUAAUGGCGCCGUUCGUGGAGAGAAAGGCAGUCUGGUAGUUUACGUUUGUGUCUUGUAUUUUCAUUUCCAAAUUGUUACCAAGGUUCAGCAUGACCUCUAUUAGAGGUUUGGAUGCACAUGUAUGAGGGGCCCAAGCAUCUCUGGUGCCAACCUUUGUUUUUGAGGUUGUAAUUCAUCGGAAAGACCGACCGGUGCGAAGUGGAAGUGGCAAUUUUUCAUCUCAUUCUCAUUGUUGCGGAUGAAUGGUGUCAGUUUGAUACAUGGUAUUUUAUUGUUAAUCUACAUAGUUUAUGAUCAGUCCCCGUUUUGCCUUAUUUGCACGGAAAGCUUGGAAUAUUCAAAGUUACAAGAACAUGGCAUCUGGAAAUUCGGAGCUACAAUGGAAGACUCUCUUCGACAACAUGCAAGCCAAAACAGAUGCAGCUCUUGCGAAAAAGGCCAAAGCCGCAAAACCACCUGCUGCACCUGAGAUGGAAAAUGCUGGUGAUGGUUUGAUGGAGCUUGAUGGUGCUCCAGCGAAAAAAGAUGGUGGGGGUGGCAACAAACGCUUGUCUGUGGAGAGAAUCUAUCAGAAAAAGAGCCAGCUUGAGCAUAUCCUGCUCAGACCUGAUACAUACGUUGGGUCUGUGGAGUCUGUGACACAGCCCAUGUGGGUCAUGGAUACAGAAACAAAUCAAAUGGUGCAGAGAGACAUUACAUAUGUGCCUGGCCUCUACAAAAUCUUUGAUGAAAUUAUGGUCAAUGCAGCUGACAAUAAACAGAGGGACCCCAAGAUGGACUGCCUCAAGAUUGAAAUUGAUCCAGAGAGCAACAAAAUAAAGAUCUGGAAUAACGGGAAAGGUAUUCCUGUGGUGGAGCACAAGGCAGAGAAAAUGUAUGUCCCCACAAUGAUUUUUGGCCACCUGCUCACCUCCAGUAACUAUGAUGACAGUGAGAAAAAAGUGACAGGUGGAAGAAAUGGAUAUGGUGCCAAGCUUUGCAAUAUUUUCAGCUCAAAAUUUAUUGUGGAGACUUCUGCAAAAGAGUACAAAAAAGCUUUCAAGCAGACAUGGACAGAAAACAUGACGAAGACGAAAGAACCUACCAUCACUGAUGCUAAAGAGUCAGAUUUCACAUCUGUGACUUUUUAUCCUGACCUUUCCAAGUUCAAGAUGGAGAGGCUUGAUGCAGAUGUAGUUGCUCUGUUCACACGUCGAGCGUACGACAUUGCAGCCAGCUCGAAGGGCGUCAAAGUUUUCCUCAACGGCAAGCGUUUGCCUGUCAAAGGCUUCAAGGAUUAUGUUGAUCUGUACAUAAAAGAAAAAACUGAUGAAGCCGGGGCCCCGCUCAAAAUUGUUUAUGAGGUGGUCAAUGACAGAUGGGAAGUGGCUGUAACACAGAGUGACAAAGGUUUUCAGCAAGUCAGUUUUGUGAACAGCAUUGCUACCACAAAGGGUGGUCGUCACGUGGAGUAUGUCGCAGACCAGUGUGUGUCAAAGCUGAUUGAGGUUGUGAGAAAGAAAAACAAAGGUGGUGUGAACAUUAAGCCAUUUCAGGUCAAGAAUCACCUGUGGGUGUUUGUGAACUGUUUGAUUGAAAACCCAACAUUCGACUCUCAAACCAAGGAGAACAUGACCAAGCAGGCCAAGAGUUUUGGUUCUAAAUGCCAAUUGUCCGAGAAGUUCAUAAAUCAGGUCAGCAAGAGUGGUGUCGUGGAAAGCAUCCUCAGCUGGAUGAAGUUCAAAGCUCAGGCGCAGCUCAACAAGAAGUGCCACUCUUCGAAGCACUCCAAGUUGAAGGGUAUCCCCAAGCUGGACGAUGCUAACGAUGCCGGCACCAAGAACUCCAAACACUGUACUCUCAUCUUGACCGAGGGAGACUCAGCCAAGUCUUUGGCUGUGGCUGGGCUGGGAGUUGUGGGCCGAGAUCGGUACGGUGUGUUUCCCCUUCGAGGUAAACUACUCAACGUUCGAGAAGCCACUCAUAAACAGAUCAUGGACAAUGCUGAGAUCAACAGCAUCAUCAAAAUCCUGGGACUUCACUUCAAAGAAAACUACGACGACCCGACCAAACUGAGCCAGCUUCGUUACGGCAAACUGAUGAUCAUGACAGAUCAGGAUCAGGACGGCUCCCACAUCAAAGGGCUGCUCAUCAACUUUGUGCACCAUUUCUGGCCUGGUCUGCUCCGACAUAACUUUGUGGAGGAGUUCAUCACUCCCAUCGUCAAGGUGUCAAAGGGCAAAAAUGAAAGGUCAUUUUACAGCGUUCCAGAGUUUGAAGAGUGGAAGAUGCAAACAGAAAACUGGCACACAUUCAAAGUCAAAUACUACAAAGGUUUGGGUACCUCCACUUCCAAGGAGGCCAAGGAAUACUUCACAGACAUGCAGCGUCACCGCAUCAAGUUCCACUACGGGGGCCAGGAGGACGACAGCUCCAUCAAUCUCGCCUUCAGCAAGAAGAAGAUUGAGGAGCGGAAAGAGUGGCUGACCAACCACAUGGAGGAGAAGAAGCGAAGGGCUGAAAUGGGCUUGCCUGAUCUGUACCUCUAUGGCAAGGACACACACAGCGUUUCCUACAGUGACUUUGUCAACAGAGAGCUGAUUCUCUUCAGUAACAUGGAUUUGACCCGUUCCAUCCCAUGCCUCAUGGAUGGUUUGAAGCCAGGUCAGCGCAAGGUAAUGUUCACAUGCAUCAAGAGGAACCUGGUGAACAAAGAAAUCAAGGUUGCACAGUUGGCUGGCUCUGUGGCUGAACUGUCAGCCUACCACCACGGUGAGGCAGCUCUGAUGGGUACCAUCAUCAACUUGGCCCAGAACUUUGUCGGCAGCAACAACUUGAAUCUCCUGCAGCCUUUAGGUCAGUUUGGUACCAGGAUUCACGGAGGCAAAGACGCUGCCAGUCCCCGUUACAUCUUCACAAUGCUCAGUCCCUUGACCCGCCACGUGUUCAACGUCAAUGACGACGCCCUGCUGACGGCUCUGUACGACGACAACCAGCGCAUUGAGCCCGAGUGGUACUGUCCCAUCGUGCCCAUGGUGCUCAUCAACGGUGCUGACGGCAUCGGCACUGGCUGGUCCACGCGCAUCCCCAACUACGACAUCCGGGAGAUUGUCACCAACCUCAGACGCAUGCUGGAGGGAGACGAACCUUUGCCAAUGCUCCCUAAGUUCAAAUACUUCAGAGGAACUAUUGAAGAGAUUUCAGCUGGGGACAACCGCUUCGCCGUUCAUGGUGAGAUCUCAGUGAUUGACGACCAGACCUUGGAGAUCACAGAGCUGCCCAUCCGUACCUGGACACAGAACUACAAGGAGGAUGUGCUGGAACUCAUGCUGCACGGCACAGAGAAGCAGCCACCUAUCAUCACUGACUACAAAGAGUACCACACAGACAAGACGGUGAGGUUUGUGGUGAAGAUGUCAGCUGAGAGACUGGCCCAAGCUGAGAUGGAGGGACUCCACAAACAGUUCAAGCUGUCCUCUACUAUCUCCACAAACACAAUGGUGCUGUUCAACCACAACGGCUGCAUCAAGCGGUACGAGAAGGUGGAGGACAUCUUGCAGGAAUUCUUCACGACACGUCUGGAGUUCUACCAGAAGAGGAAGGACUACCUGGAGGGCAUGCUGUCUGCCGAGUCCCUGAGGCUCAACAACAUUGCACGCUUCAUCAUGGAAAAGAUUGACGGCAUCAUCGUCAUUGAAAACAAGCCCAAGAAAGAGCUGAUCCAGAUGCUGGUGAGACGAGGCUAUGACUCAGACCCUGUCAAGUCCUGGAAGGAAGCUCAAAACAAAGGAAAGGAUGUCAAAGGGUUGCAGGAAGACACGAUGGAAGAAGAGGAUGAAGAGGAAACAUCUGGUCCUGACUUCAACUACAUCCUCAGUAUGGCCCUGUGGUGUCUCACCAAGGAGAAAAAAGAUGAGCUUAUCAAACAGCGCGAUGCUAAGGCACAGGAGCUUUCUGUUUUGCGCAGGAAGUCGCCCAAGGAUUUGUGGACUGGUGAUUUGAAUGCCUUCAUGGAGACCCUAGAAGAAGUGGAACGUCUGGAGAAAGCGGAAGCACUCGAUGCUAAGCCAGUCAAGAUGGGGAAGAUUGGCAAAACAAAACCCAAGAAGCCAAUCGAGGAGACAAUGCCAUCGCCCAUGGGUCGUCGUGUGGUGCCUAAGGUCAGCUCAGCUGUCAAGGCAAAGGGAGAGAAGGAUGCAGCAAAGCGACUCUUUAAAGAAAAGGUGAAGAAAGAAGUGACAGACGAUGGCCAAAGCAGCAUGAUUGAUUUUGUGAAGAAGGAGGAGGGGUCAGAGGAACCUGUCAGCGGGGCGGCAUCAACAACGACGUCCACCCGAGGCCGGGGUGGAGCCCGCGGGGGUGGCCGAGGCAGGGCCAGAGGGGCAGCGACAGGAGGAGUCAAGCGAGAGAAAGGCAAGAAGGUGAAGAAGCGCAACCCUUGGUCUGAUGAGGAGUCUGACAAGAACAGUGACCUGAGUGAAAUGGAAGAAGACUCCAUGAAUGACAUUGUCAUCCCCCGAGACACUGCCCGUAGAGCUGCGGCUUCAAAGGUGAAGUACAACUUUGACAAUGAGGAAGAAGUUGAGAGUGAGGAGGACGAGGACAAAGACGGAGGUUUCAAAGCAUUUGAUGCAGAGACUGGGCAAAUUGUCACUGCAAAUGGCAACGCUAGCGAUGGCAAUGUCAGUGAUGGCAACAUCAGCGAAGGGGCCAAAGGUGGGGAUGUGUCUGAUGUGGACUUUGCCUUGAGUGAUGAGGAGGAGAAGCCUAAACCCAAGCCCAAGGCUGCUCCCAAGCCUAAGGCUGCACCUGCUCCCAAACCUCCCGCCCCGAAAAAGGCUCCUGCCAAGCCAGCUGCAAAGAAGGCCCCUGCGAAGAAGAACAAUUUGCCAGAUUUGUCUUCUGGCAGUGAAGAUGAGGAAAAGCUGCAUUCUAAACUCAUGCAAAGUAACAAGGCCAUGUACCCCAGCAGUGAUGAUGAUGACAUCAUUGAAGCAUCUCCGCCCCCCAAGAAAGCAGCACCAGUCAAGGCUAAAAAAGAGCCGGCCCCGAAGAAAGCAGCCCCUAAACCAAAGAAAAAGGCUUUGGAUUUCUCUGAUGAAGACAGUCCAGUGAAAAAAGCACCGGUCAAACGAAGCAAGGCGGCCAUUAAAGAUGAUGACUCAGACUCUGACAGUUUUGUACCCAAAAAGAAGGCAGCAGCGGCUCCCAAGAAAAAGGUCUCUAAGGGCAGCGACUCUGAUGAUAUGGACUUUGCCUCUCUUGCACCCCGCGCUACGACCGGACGGUCCAAGGCUCCUGUCAAAUACAACUACUCAAGUGAUGACGAUGACGACGACGACGACUUUGAAUAGACAAUAGAAUGACGACUACCUUGUGUGUUAGUGAAAUGAAGUUAUGGUGUGAGGUGUGUCUGCAAUUACAUCACAGAUAUAUUUGGUUCAUGUAUGAGUGAGCGGUUUCAAGUUGAUAAAUAUUCUCAUGAGAUCAGAACAGAACUCCCAGUUUUGUUGGAGAGGGUCAUUGUAAUGAAGUGAAAUGUAACCUUCUUUCUAAAGAAAAUCUCAGUGAAAAUAUGGACAGGCCACCCGAAAUAUAUGCAAACCUAGUAGUAGGUAAAAUGAGUCUGUACACUUUGUUUGGUUUUAAUGUCUUCUCCCUUUAGCAGGAUCCUUUUGUGAAUGGUUUCAAAACCUAAAGAAAGGGCUUGCAGUGUUCUGAGAUUUGUUUUGAUUCUUGUCACCAUGUUACUAUGAGGUUAUUGAGGAAAAAAAAAUCUCUGCGAAUGUUUUUAUUUCAUUUAAGAGGCUUUAUGCCCAAGACAAGGAUUAGUUAAAUUUUUAACUUUAGCAGUGCUGCCUAAAUCUACCGAUUUUUCUGGUAGUUACCAACUUGGGCCUGUUCUACCACCAUACCGAUAAAGAGGUUAAAACUUCCGGAUUUGCGACGGGGACCACAAGUAGAAGUUAGUAGAAAGAAACCCAUUAUGCAGUGUUUCCAAUCUUUCCUUUUUUUUUUCUUGGAAAUCUGUGCUUUCCGAAAGUUCCAUACUUGCUGCAUUGUCAUGUUAACUCCAUGCGUAAAGGACAAAAGAGAGAGACAGUAUUAGUAUUAGCUUAUCGGCCUUCCGUAGCAAAGGAUCAACACUUGCCUCUGUCAUAUUUACAGUGUAACUCUCGGCAAGUUGAAAGUUGUAUUAAAAAUUGCCAGAUUGGGCAUUUAUUUGCACACUCGACCAUUGUCUCUCUGUGCUGUCCUCGAAACCAACGAAAUCGAUAACAAUAACAACCUUGAAACCAAAUCUGAAAAGGCCACUGGGUUCAUAUUUUACCGGUCGCGUAAGUGAUAAAUUAUUACAUUUACGUACGGCUUUCCCCGGUCUGAGAGUACGUUUCACGCGAAUAAGCGGCUGUGGUGGCAGGCGGUAAUGUAGGUGUAAUACAGAGACUCCCAUCGGGAAAAUCAAAAUUUGUAAAGGUUUUAUAAAUAAGUUUUAUUUUGUGUGCUUUUUAAAAUCCGUGAUUGCUGAAACCCAAACAUGGUUUUGGCAGCUGGUGUUCUGGCCUCUCCACAGGCCCAGAUCAGGACUCAUUUGGUAUUUUUAGAGCAAAACUAGUUAAAAUUGUCAGUUAUACCUAAGCCACACAGGACAUGUCAGUGCCCUUUGCUAAUGUCGGAAAAUAUGUUUUAAUAUAGUUUCUAUUGGUAUGGGCUUGGGGUUUUGAAGUCAGUUUGGCAGUCAUCCUACACUCAAUUCCACAUUCAAUAAUGAAUGAUAGGCGCCUUGAACGGCGGUCCAUAAAUGCUUAAAACACAAAAACAAACAAAA